AUGUCGCGAACGCUGAGAGUUACGAGCUCUCUCGCAGCUCGUUUGAGCUCCAGGAGUGCUUAUGUCUCCCACAGAAGCUUUGCCGUCUAUGCUGCUGCUAGAAAACCCGAUCUGAUACAAGACAUGUAUUUGAAGAGUCUCAGAGACUACAAGGCACCACCACAAAAGGCCUCUGACGCUGAGGGCCAUGUACAAAAGUUCAACCCGCCUGCUGCACCCCGAUCCCCAGAAGAAACGAAUUUAGCGAACGAUAUGAAAGCGUACGAGGAUCAGGUGGUUGAAAUUGAAGGCCAGGCUGCUGCUGGUGAAGCACAAGAACCGGAGGAAGACUAUUUCGAAGACUUGAAGCACAUCGACGGCAAGCUGACUACAGGAGAGGGCCAUCACUGA